AUGUCUGUCUUGCAAGCCCAGAAAACCGCCCUCAUCACCGGCGCGGCCUCCGGAAUCGGCUUCGCGACCGCCAAGCUCUGUCGCAGUCGGGGCAUGCACCUUGCCUUGCUCGAUAUCGAUGCCGCCAACCUUCACAAAGCGAAAGAUGAACUUGCGGCUGUGGACCCUUCUCUCAAGACCGAGUCAUACGAGAUCGAUGUUGGUGAUAAGAAGAGGUGGUCUGAAGUUGCAGACUCCAUAAAAUCGGCGUUUGGUGGAGUGGAUCUCGUCUUCUUGAAUGCGGCGAGGCAACAGAGAGCGCAGAGUCAGUAUGAAGGGAAACUGAAGCCUUGGGCAGAUGUAGAGUCAUGGAAGAAGACAUUCGACACGAAUGUCUUCGGACCCCUGAACGGCAUCGAGGGCACACUCCCGCUGCUUCUGUCAACCAACACACCUAAAUCCAUCGUGAUUACAGGCUCCAAGCAAGGAAUCACAAACCCCCCCGGAGGUGGCGUCCCCGCCUACAACGCCUCCAAAGCUGCCAUCAAGAACCUUACGGAGCACCUCGCUCAUGAUCUUCGGUCGGAUCCCGCGACUGCUCAUAUAUCUGCACACCUGUUUGUUCCGGGAUGGACCUGGACUGGAUUAAUGGGGAAUGUUGGGCCUACGCAGGAGGAGAGUGUAAAGAAGAUGGCUGGGGCGUGGUACCCUAGUCAAGCCGCGGAGGUACUGGUGGAUGGAGUGGAAAAGGGAUCGUUCUAUAUUUUCUGCCCUGAUGGAGAGACGGAUUGGCCAUUGGAUCAGGCUAGAAUGCAGUGGGCUAGCGACGAUGUCGUUGAAGGGCGACCGGCACUAUCUCGCUGGGAGGCCAGCUGGAAGGAACGGGCGGAAGCAGGCAUUCGCGCUGAUGCUGAGCGACGGAGACAGUAG